AGGCCAAGAAGGCAGCUAGCGGCUACACCGGGAGCUUACCCGGCAGAUCCAAGUUCUGCCUGAAGGCGGAGCCUCUGAAGCUCGACCAAUGAGCGCCCCGUCGCUAUGGUGUUGGCCGCGCCCGUACGGUGUUGGCCCCGCCCCGGCUCAUCCAAGACUCAGAGCGUACGGGGGUCAUUCGUAGGUUCGCCAUUGAGCGCUUCGCGUACUCUGACUUUCUAGUCAGAUUUUGGGCUCCUUGAAACCAAACCCUGGUUUGACCUAGAGGUCCGUACCUUCGCGGCCUCAGAGAAUUGGCUCCUCCACCUUGGUCUCGAUGGAACGUUCUGGAAUGUACCACAGGCGAGAGGAGCGACACUUGUGCUUUCGUCCAGCAUCACAGACCCUGGAGUGGUGGGACGUUCCGGAAGGUGCCAGCGGGAGGCCACAAAGCGGUGGUUUGGCCCCGCAUCGUCGCCCGUUCCGUGGUUUGUGGCGGACCGUUACCGAAGGUGAGAAUGCGCCGUUAGGGCCUCCUAGUUCCCCAUGGUGGGCUGCGGUGGAACGUCCUGGAAGGUGCCUAGUGUGUCGGUAGGGGGCGUGUCCUCUUCCGUUCCCAGUCCGCCAGGGCUUCCUGUGCGUCACAUCCGGCUCCCUCUCCGCCCACCAGUGUGUGUCCCAAAUCUAAAAUCCGUAGGAUGUCUGCUAGCAGCUCUCGCCCUUGGCUCUAAACCCCUCUGGUUGAAGCUGCUGGGCCCCGAGUCGGCGGCGUGGGGAAACUGGCUGUAUCUUCCGUGGGCAUGGGCGGAGGCUCUGCAUAAACUCCAGUGGCAGCCCUCAGAACUGAACCCCAUCGGGGACCGGGGGCACCUGCCCUGGAGUCAGCCCAGGUCAAUUUAGGGACCCUUGCCACCGGGCGCCCAGGUGGCGGGCUUCGCCGGGCUGGACGCACAGCCUUACUUUGUCGGAGACUAGCGUGUUGGGGUCAACAUUCAUGCAAACCAGGACUCCUGCCUCUUCCUCCAGCUGUGUCUCUCUGCCUGGGCAGUUGCUUUGAUCCAUGUGGUCCACCUUUGAGAUUCACUCCUCACAAGUACCCUCAGCAUGUCAUCAUCAGCAAAAUCCCAAGUGCUGGAGGAGACAGCUCCUGGCUGUGAAGAGGAGCCAAAAGGGAAAACACUUUUCACUUGGGGGUCUCUUUUUGGUCACCGGAGUGAGAAGAUUGUCUUUACUAAAGGUGAUGGCAGCCCAGAGGAGAGCCUGCUCACUGUCACCAUCACGGAGACUACUGUCAUUGAGUCGGACCUUGGCGUGUGGAGUUCAAGAGCUCUCAUCUACCUCACGCUGUGGUUCUUCUUCAGCUUCUGUACGCUGUUCCUCAACAAGUACAUCCUGUCUCUGUUAGAAGGAGAGCCUAGCAUGUUAGGUGCUGUGCAGAUGCUGUCAACGACAUUAAUUGGAUGUGUUAAAAUAUUUGUUCCUUGCUGUUUAUAUCAACACAAAACCCGGCUCUCUUACCCACCCAAUUUCAUCAUGACUAUGCUCUUCGUGGGCCUUAUGAGGUUUGCAACGGUGGUUUUAGGGCUAGUUAGCCUCAAGAACGUGGCAGUGUCCUUUGCUGAGACGGUGAAGAGCUCCGCUCCCAUUUUCACUGUUAUCAUGUCUCGGAUGAUUCUGGGGGAGUACACAGGGCUGCUGGUCAACCUGUCCCUCAUCCCAGUCAUGGGAGGACUAGCGUUAUGCACUGCCACGGAAAUAAGCUUCAACAUCCUGGGGUUUUCAGCUGCACUAUCCACCAACAUUAUGGAUUGUUUGCAGAAUGUUUUUUCAAAAAAGCUUCUCAGUGGGGACAAAUACAGGUUCUCGGCCCCGGAACUGCAAUUCUACACCAGUGCUGCUGCUGUGGCCUUGCUGAUUCCAGCAUGGACCUUCUUCAUGGAUGUCCCUGUGAUUGGUAGGAGUGGGAAGAGCUUCAGAUAUAGCCAGGACAUCGUGCUGUUGCUGCUGACAGAUGGCGCCUUGUUUCACCUUCAGAGUGUCACUGCAUAUGCCCUGAUGGGAAAGAUCUCCCCUGUGACUUUCAGUGUCGCCAGCACCGUGAAGCACGCCUUGUCCAUCUGGCUUAGCAUCAUCGUUUUUGGAAACAAAAUCACCAGCCUGUCUGCCAUUGGCACCAUCCUUGUCACAGUGGGUGUUCUGCUCUACAACAAGGCCAGGCAGUAUCAGCAAGAGACUAUGCAGAGUCUGGUCACAGCCACCAGCCGAGGCCCAAAAGAUGACACAGAGCCACUGGUUUCCCAAGACUCUAGACAGCACCACUGAUCACCUGAUGUUUGACCAGGUCUAGACUGUCCCUCUGUACUCUGUGCUGGAACAGAGAAGCAAGUGAUGCAGGGCAGGUCUCUUGCUCCUUUCUGGACAUAAAAUGGGGAAUUUGGGAAUCAGCUUCUGCCUGAUAGAGCCCUGCAGGAAGAUUCAAAUGACCUAUAGCUCCUCUGGCUGCAUUUGAACCAAUGUCUCCGUGCCCAGCCUGCAACUGGGCAAUAUCUCUGUGGGGCCAACUAUGGGAUAAGCCCAGGCUCCAGUACCAACGGAAGUUGCUGUCUGCUUGAUGCCAUCCAGGAGACCUAAAUUGUUCUAUGCCCACCACCACCACCACCACCACCAUAGGCACUGAAGUCUUUUGGUUCUUGAUAGUCUAUGACACAGACAUUCCAGAUGCCAAUGACUCUAGCAUGGAGACACAAAACCCCGAGAAACCAGAGUGGCAGACAGAACAGAUAAGUGUCCCUGCCCUGGAGGGACAGUGCUAUGUGAAGGAAAAGUAUCCGCUUCUUGACCUGUGCUACACUGAAUUACCCUGUUCCAGGGUUGUUGCCCUAUGUUUCUGCUACCCAUUUGGUGAUUGCCCCACUCUGGGAAGUUGUGUAAAAAUCUCUGAUUCGAGCAGAUGCCUGGAGUGCUUUUCCAUUUUGAGUAUGAUAAAUGUGAAGCAGGCUGUUCCGAAUGGCACAGUUGGCUGCCCCGUGAAGAUUCCUGUGGAUGAUAGGGAAGUUUUAAAGAGCUUUUGAGUGUUUACAGGUUAUGUUGUAGUUAAAGGGACACUGCCUUUCGACAAAGCAGGUGCCUUCAAAGGUUUCUAGAGUCUCUGCAUGUAAGGUACAUCGAAGACACACGCACAGCUGGCUCUUCACUGGGGACCAAAUGAUGACUGCCUGAGCUACCAGGUACCCAGAGCUUAAGGUGAAGUGGAGGCCAACAGUGGGGCCUUGGGUGUGAGACACUGAGGUUCUACAUUACUGAACAUUCUGUGAGUUGUGUCUGGGGUGCAGUCUGUUGCCAGCCAGUCUUUAAGACUCUGUCCAUUACAUGUGAGCUGAAGCCACUGGUACUUCUUGUCCAAGUCUUAUUGGUCCUUCCUGCUGUAAGUCUUACGUGCCCAUGGUGCCACUGGUUUCAAAGUUGGCUUCAUACCUGGAAAGUAUGAAAAUAGCCCCUCAAGGAGAUGUUGGGGUGAAAAUGAGCAAUAAUUAUGUCUACAUUUUAUUUACUUGAACAAGUCAUCUGCCAUGAUGAUGGAUCAAAAUGAGGCCUUUUAAUCUAUAAGCCACCUUUUAAAAAAAGCAACCUGUGCUGGACACUGACGAGGUGUCUUUACUGUGCUACGUAAGGUCACCCACCCCCAUUAUGAAGACGUUCCCUCAUUCGACUUUGUCCAGGUUUCUACUUCCUUCCAGUGCACGACAGGUGGCAGAUGUUGGAUUAAUCUGUACAGUGGGCCUGUCUACUCACGACCUGGCUGUGGAGCUGCAGAUACUGAAGAGUGCGUGCUGUGGAUACUGGUUGGAAGAUCGCCUCUGGCCUCCCACAGACCUUGCCUAAGGAUGCUCAGAGCUCCACGCGCUUGGCUUCUUACUAUUUGGAAUUUCUGCCUGUGUCCUAUGUGUAAUUAGGAAAUGGCCUAUUGUGACUUGUUCUAGUCACCCCUCCCCUACACCACCAGACUCAGCCUGUUUUGAUUUUCUAAGUUUUUGGACUAGAAGCAAAAACAAAGAUUUUUCUUAAAGCAAUUUCCUGUAAAGCUGCUUUUCAGACUUGUCUUCACAGGUGGAAAGAUCAUGAACUCUGCCACUUCCAUUAGCUCUUCCAAGACAUGGCUAGGGUGAGAGUCUUUGAAUGGCCCUGCUUGACCAUUUGUUAUGACCAUUCCAUAACAAUAUUUUUUUAAUUAACUUUGUUAGUAUUUCAUAGAAUACUGUGUUCUUCAUGAAUUGUUACUGAUGUACAUGUAGAAAUAUUGGCACCACGUGUCAUUACUUAUCCUGGAUAAUUCCUCCUGAGUCUAUAUCAUUGUCUGGUCUGUUGUAAACAACACUGGAUUGACCUGAGCCAGCCAUCUUCUUACUCACUGUACCCAUGGUUAAAAAGAUACGCACAUUUCUAAUUUCAAAAAUACUUUAGGGACUAUAGAGACAGACUAAUGGUUAAGAACUAGUAUUAUGUUUCCUGGUGAGGACCCAAGUUCAGUUCCCAAAACUCAUUUAGAGUGCUUCACCAACUGCCUGUAACUCCAGCUUUAGGGAUUCUGAUGCCUCUGGCUCCGCUGGGCAUCUGCAUACAGGCUUGUGUAUGCAUAUACACAUGCACAACUUAAAAAUAAUGCAUUUGCUGGGUGGUGGUCUUACAUGCCUUUAAUCCCAGCACUUGUGAAGCAGAAGCAGGUGGAUCUCUGUGAGUUUGAGGGCAGUCUGGUCUACAGAGCACGUUCCAGGAUAGCCAGAGCAAUAUAGAGAAACCCUGUCUUGAAAAACUAGAUAGAAAAAUUUUUAAAAAUUUCAUGUUUUUGGGGUAUACCUUAGUAGCACAUCACUGGCAUGCAUUAUGGGGCUCUGGAGUUGAUCCCAGCAGCAGACAUUGGAUAGAGGGAUGAAGGGGAGAAAAGCCCCUCCUCCAAACUUCCACUAGUAAAAGACAAGGAAAAAUUUUUUUAAUUUAUUCCUGAUUUCUAUGCAUUGAUGUUUUGCCUGCAUGUGUAUCUGUAUGAGAGUGUUGGAUCCCCUGGAACAGAUAGUUAUGAGCUGCCAUGUGGCUCCUGGGAAUUUCAUUUGGGUCCUCUUGAAGAUCAGCCAUCUUACCAGCUCUUGUUUUGUUUAUUUUUAAACUACAUCAUCAUGGCACAUACAUAUAAUCUUAGUACUUUGGAGGCAUUAGACUUACAUAGUAAUUCAAGACUAGUUUGGGCUACAUAUUGAGACCAAGUUUCAAAAUAAAUUUUAUCAUUUCUUGAAUACCAGGAUUAUAAUCGUUCCUCAGGUGUUGGUGGUUUACACUUUUAAUCCCAGUACUCAGGAGAUAGAGAAAGGUGAUUCUUUGUGAGUUCCAGGCUAGCCUAGUCUACAAAGCCAGUUCUAGGAUUGCCAGGGCCCUGUCUCAAAAAACAAAAUUUGAGAUAAAUAAAAAUGAUGAAUCAGAAGAGAUUAAAUAAUAAAGGUGGGCUGGAGAGAUGGCUCAGCGGUUAAGAGCAUUGACUGCUCUUCCAGAGGUCCUGAGUUCAAUUCCCAGCAACCACAUGGUGGCUCACAAACAAAAAAAGUGGGAUCUGAUGCCCAUUUCUGGUGUGUCUAAAGACAGCUACAGUAUACUCAUAUAUAUUAAAUCUUUAAAAAAAAAGAAAGAAAGAAAGAAAAGAAAGAAAGAAAGAAAAAAAGCUGUUCAUGGGAUUCAGCCAAGUGAUAUCUUCUUAACAUUGGAAAAGGGUAAAUAAAUGUUACUACAAAUGGGAAACCAUACCAAUGCCUUCUGAGAUUGCAUUUACCUAUGUAACCUAUACUGUCCUUGAAGUCCUUGAACUCUAAACCUUCUAAUUCAACAUUCUUAGUACUGAGAUUACAAGUAUUUCACCACUCCUGACCCCCUCUGCCUUUGAGCAACAAUCUUUUGUUUUUUCUUAACUUGUAAACAUUGACUUCCCCUUCAUCUCUUCAUUACCUCGACCCUUUUGUUCUUGUGCUUGGGAUAGAACUUAAGGCUUCAAAAAUGCAAGCUAGGCUGCUAUUCUUUCUCUGAGAUAUGGCAUCCAGCCUGUUUUCCUAGUUUAUAAAUACCUUUGCUCUCUGCGUGGAUUAGAACAGGACAUGCUGAUUGUGGACAAAUAGUACCCACCACUAUUCAAAGUUUAGUAGGUUUUAACUUUGGUGUCUCUGAAGUAUGUUUUCCUGGGGACUCUGAUCCUGACUUUGGUGGCUAUUGAACCCUUCCUGACAUAUCUAAGUUUAGUUUUAAACAAAUCAAGUUGGCAAGUUGUGUGUGGGGUUUUUGUUUGUUUUCACUUUUCAUUUCUGGGUCUUAAACUGCAUAUUAAAUUCACUUGUAAUGUCUGGAUUCAGAGAUAGUUGUCUGUGUUUACUCAGUGUUGGUGUUUUGGAACAGGCCACAGUUUAGAGUAGGAAGUUAUCUUCGUCAAAGCCAAGUCAUAUUUGCUUUAUACCAAACAAUAUUAGAGAACUAAAACACAUCAUAAAAUGUAUACUGUUUUGUAUUUCACCUCUUUCAGUAUUUAAUUAUAUUAAUGCCUUCUAGAAUUCUGUUAGAUAAUUCAUUGAUUCCUGAAAUAAACUGGUAUUGUGUAAUUAA